CACAUUUAGACCGUUGAUCAGAAUUACUGGUAGUAUGUCUACAAAAAUGGAGAAACAGAAUCCCCAAUCAGUCCAUGGUACCGAAAAGCACCGAAAGUAUGGAGCCUUUCAAAAUGAACUCUACAGAGCGGGCAUGUUUCAUCAUUGUCUACCAGUGGUGACCACCGAUCCCCGCAAGUUGGAGGAACAGGCAAAAGGUGCCAUGAAACCAACAGCUUACAACUAUGUGGCUGGUGGAGCGGGAGAAAGAGCAACAAUGGAUGCAAACAGGCUGGCAUUCCGCCAAUGGAAACUUGUGCCUCGAAUGCUGAGACCAACUACUCAUCGAGAUCUUACCAUCAAGCUGUUUGGUGAGACAUAUGAAAGUCCCAUUCUUAUGGCACCGAUAGGUGUACAAACAAUCUUUCAUAAAGACAAAGAGACUGGGCUCUCGGAGGUCUGUUCGGAGAUCGGGGUCCCAUACGUUCUGAGUACAGCAUCGAGCUCGUCCAUCGAAGAAGUGGCGAAAGCGAAUGGGAAAGGACCCCGAUGGUAUCAAUUAUACUGGCCACAAGACGACGACGUCACAAUAUCGUUGCUGAAGCGUGCAAAAGCAAAUGGCUAUAAAGUUCUUGUGGUAACCCUCGACACAUGGGCUUUAGCAUGGAGACCUGCGGAUUUGGAUGGAGCUUAUAUUCCUUUCAUGAAGGGAGUCGGCAACAGAAAUGGCUUCGCAGAUCCAGUUUUCAGGGAGAAAUUCCGGAAGAAGUUCAAUGCAGAGCCCGAGGAAAGGGUCACCGAGGCCUCUGAAGAGUGGAUUGGUGAUGUCUUCUCCGGUGCUGCUCAUUCCUCGGACGAGAUUGCACUGCUGAAGAAACACUGGGAUGGUCCUAUUGUACUAAAGGGUAUUCAGCACCCAGAAGAUGCCAAGCUAGCUGUUGAGCAUGGUUGCGAUGGAAUCGUGGUGAGCAAUCACGGGGGUCGACAACUCGAUGGAGCUGUGGGAUCAUUGGAAAUGCUUCCCGAAAUCGUGGAAGCUGUAGGUGACAAGCUUACCGUCAUUUUCGACAGUGGCAUCCGAACAGGUGUGGAUGUCAUCAAGGCUCUGUCACUUGGAGCAAAGGCGGUCUUCGUAGGUAGACCUGCGAUCUAUGGCCUAGCCAUCGGAGGGAAGCAAGGAGCGAAGCAGGUCUUACAAGGUAUACUAGCAGAUGUUGACCAGUCAAUGGGACUUGCCGGUAUUGUGAACAUUGCUGGCUGCAAUCGAUCGAUGCUUCGAAGAUAUGCCAAGAGAGCCAAAGUGUAUGAGUGGGAGAUUGCCUUUGAUAUCAUAUAA